UCAACAGGGGUAGACUGCUUUGGCCCAUUCCUAGUAAAAUGAGGGAGGAGUAAUGAAAAGAGGUGGGGUAUCAUUUUUAAGUGUAUGACUACCCGCUGUGUUCACCUAGAUCUACUGAGUAACAUGGACACAGACUCUUUCCUGAUGGCCCUUAGGCGUAUGAUUGCUCGACGAGGAACUCCCUUUGAAAUUCUGGCAGAUCAGGGCACUAAUUUCCGUGGAGGAGUUAAAGAGCUACAGACAGCUUUUACUGCCAUGAGUCCACACCUCCAAACCCAAUUGGCCAAACAAAAAAUCCAGUUCCAGUACAACCCUCCUAAUGCCCCACAUUUUGGAGGAACGUGGGAGCGGGAAAUACGCUCAGUCAAAGCCGCUCUGCGUAGUACAAUAGGAUCCCAAACACUAACAGAGGAAGUCCUAACAACACUUCUCAUAGAGGUUGAGUCCAUACUCAAUGCAAAGCCACUAGGAUAUGUCUCUUCUGAUGUGGGAGAUCCAGAUCCAGUAACCCCUAACUACCUUUUAAUGGGGCGGCCAGAUUCAUCACUACCCCAAGUGGUGUACCCCGAAUCUGAAAUACUUAGUCGGAAAAGAUGGCGACACUCACAAGUAUUGGCAGAUCAAUUCUGGGCAAGUUUCAUCAGAAAUUACCUCCCCACUCUGCAGACACGUCAGAAAUGGAUAAAAGACUCAGAAAACCUCACUCCUGGAACUAUUGUGAUGAUAGUGGAUCACCACCUUCCUCGGGCUCAGUGGCCGGUUGGGAAAGUAAUAACUACCUACCCUGGAUCGGAUGGUCGUGUCCGCUCAGUAGAGAUCCAGGUGAAAAACAAAAACUACCACCGACCGGUGGCUCGUCUUAUCAAACUACCAGACAUCCCUGAGAAUAACCAAAAGACGGACUAAAUAAGGAAUAGUGGAAGUACAUUUGCACAGCAAAUGUAGGGGCGGCUGUAGAAAAGGUAGAAUUAUAGCAGCCUCUGCUGGACACUUGUUCUCCGGGUAUCAGACACACUCAUAUAGAGGCACCGCUCACGUGCUGGUCACGGAAAUUUCCACAGCGAUCAUGCAUCAGUCGCGUGAGCGAGUGGCCAAUCAGAGCGCAGUAUCAAUCUGAUGAUGCUAAGGAGAACUUUAGUUUCGUAAGAUGUAAAGUGUUUAUUGUGUGUCCUAAGUUCAUCCAGUGUUGUGUGCGUCUGUAACUAAAAACCACACACACACAUCCUCACACAUAGACAAACAUGCAAGAAUGAUAAUUCACCUGUAUCCAUGCAACCUUUAUUGGAUAUUAAAGUUUUGAACUGGGGUUCCUGACUGUGUUCUUACCGACACUCCAUGGCGACAAUAAA